GCCUCGGAACUCGAUGCCCCGCUCGAUAGCUACUUCAACAUUACUGUCAUCCGGUCAGCUGUAAGCUCAUUUAUAGCUCGCUCUAGGCUCGCUCUAGGAGUUUAUCAAAGAGACGGAGAUGAAUGGAGUAGAAUGAGGAGAGGCACUCAGCAUUACUAGAAAGAUAAUCAGGUCAUCUUUGCAAUUGGUAUCCCUCAUAGGCCUUCCUCGCAUUUGCAGCUCGUGAAUACAUGCAGUACAGCGUAACAAGCGCACGUGACAUAGAUUUUCUAUGGGAAUGCUUGUGUGUCGGAAAUGACAAUCACAUCACGAUGAGCUUGUACCGGCUAAGUCUCAUCCUGCUGAUUCAUGGGACCGCUUUGGUACCGUAUGGAUGCCAAGGCUGUGCUCCUUACGGUGCUAUCAAACACUGGACUGGACCAAGUUUGUAUCGUUCGUGCAGAGUUUGGUAUUUCAAACCUCUCCUUCGUUCUCGAGCUUCAAUCCAUUCGCCAAGUUUCGAAGCGUCUUGUCGAAAUACUUCGUACAGUUUUCUUUACCCGUGCUUGAGAGCCUGUACACGAUCUCAAGGUUCUAUGCAGGAUGCAAGACUCGUGCGGAAAUGUUUGGCUUGGGUUUUGAUUAUUAAGUCACAUCAUCGUACCGCGGCCAGCAAUGCUGUCAUGAACGGAACGUACCGUUCAGACAGUGGUGAAUGCAUGUGCGUGGGCUUAUGACCUAAUCAGGUCGAAUAUCUUUCCCGAGGCCCACAACAUCGCAGCAGCGCAACACCACUUCCAAUGUUCCGGAGCCUUCGUUCG